CAAAACAAACGGCACAUUAACAAUCUUACGCUAGUUUGUGAAAAGAAAAUAAAAACUCGUUCUUUUUCUUUCUUCUUCAAGAAAACAAGAAACAAAGAAACACGCACACAUUGUGGCGUUGGGUGGGUUGUUCAAAGAUCAAGAAACUGCUAUGCUCAAUCUGUGCCGAUAAUCUCUUAUGUUUGCUACGGCAAUGGAUGAAAAGAAAUACAAUCCUUAAAUUUGUAAAAGAGCAAUCUCCCGUCACAUUUGCAAUUGCUGCAGAAGAUGUUCAUGUCUCAGAUUGCCCUGUCUUUGUUAUAUCGGGUUCUUACGAGGGUAUCUCAGCGAAGGACAUGUGGCAUGAAAUUAUGAUGCAACAUGAAAUGCUUACCAGUCUGGACUAAAGGACGAUAAACAUUCUGAUAUGGUUGAUAUUCCAUUAUUUACUACUGACGAUGACAUUCCAGAUUCUGGUUUGGGCCAAGCUAAUGCUGGUGGACAACAGUUUUCAGAUAAUCUAACCCUGCUGAGUGUUGAUGACAUUUUGGGUUCAGUUUUGGAGACAACAAAUCAUGUAGGAAGGAUUUCUGUUUCAACACCUUGUAACAUGCCAUAUAAAGAAAUGGCGUGUCAUUAUGAAAACCUCCUAUCGGGUAAACAACAGAAGAUUUUCACGUUCACGAGUACCCAUUCAUUAUAUGGAACGCCGUUCAGGAUUCCUGCUCCAGAGUACAACAACAAUAAGGACGAAUCCACAAAUUCUAAUGUUCAACAGAGUUUUCCUUUGCAUUUGAAUUGCAGAGUGGAAAUACAUUCUUGGACUCAAACAUAAGCUCUACAUCACCUGGAACAUUGCCCGAGACUGGUCUAAGGCUUUGUGCCACAGAAUAUCAGCACCAAGCUUCCUUCUUUCAACUGCCAGCGUCACACCCAUAAGCAUUCUAUAACACAAGUACUUAUAAUUUCCUCUCUGUCAUUUUCUUUCCUACAUAUUUGCUCUAUCUGAUUUAUAAUCGAACCUUGUUGGGAACAACCAGGCUUCUUGAUUUUUCAGAAACCUUUAAUCUUCGAAAAAACUGAACCUGCAAAUUUUGUAAGGGAUUGGAUUUCUUGAUACCCAAAAAAUGUUGGAUAAAUUACUUAAUGACUCUAGUCCCUGAAUGUGAAAAAGCUAGUUGUUGCCUUAAUUGCUACUCAAACAAUUGUC